UUUUAUCUUAUCUUAAUUGAUCUUUAUUCAAAUCAAAACCAUUCUACGCUAGCGCCAAACCCAAUAGGAAGCCCCGCUGCAAAUAGGGAAUUGGUGGGAGAAGUUUGUGGGGGAAAAAAUGGCGGCAACAGCUUCGUCUUGUAUUUUCUGCCAGAGAGUCUCCGAUUCUGCCCCCAAUGCCCUUCUCCAUUUUGACGAGAGAGUUGUAGCCUUUGAAGAUAUAAACCCUUCUGCUGUCAGGCAUUACUUGGUAAUUCCCAAGCAGCACAUUCCCACAGUUAGGAAUCUCCAGAGAAGAGCUGAAGAUUACUCACUCGUAAGUCACAUGUUAGAGGUGGGGCAGACACUAUUAUCCCAGGAUUCCCCUCAACUAAAGCACAGAUUUGGCUUCCAUCAGCCACCAUUGAACAGUGUCAAUCACCUACAUCUCCAUUGUUUUGCACUUCCUUACACACCCAGGUGGAAGUUUGCAAAGUAUUUAUCRUUGGGAUCGAUCGGAUUUAUUGAAGCUGAGAAGUUGUUGGAGAAAAUAAAGCCUUAACCACCACCAGAUGACUUCUCAGCAGUAUGUUUCCUUUAUAAUUGUUGACUGUUCUAAAUGGCAAAAAGGUUUUGAUAUCUUCAACCAAAAUAGAGGCAUCUAUUAUAAGUACACUAGUGUUAAUUCUCUGGAAUAAAAGCUUUGUUCAGUGUUACCAAUGGCUGGCCUAAAAUUAUCCACAUUUUCUUGUAUUUUUUUUAUGGAAUGAGAAGUGAGAGCUGAAUCUGUAACUGCUUGUAAUUUUCUCCCUUGGAAGAAUAUAUGAUUGAGGAUGAUGUUUAGAGUUA